AUGACGAUCGAUUCCGAAGAAGAAAGGCGUAGCUUAAGGUCCGGUAUUCACAACGGCCUCCUCGGCCGCCUCCUAUGCCAGAGCGGCCAACCUAUCCCGGUCGCAAAGAAUUCACUACAGCCAGCCGCCGGCAUCUUCGGGAAAAACAAAGCUGUCAAAGUGGCAUCAUCUCGAGCAAGUUCACUUGAGAGGAUGGGUAAAGGAAACGGGUUGCUUGCGACGAAAGAACCUUGUAGGUCUUCAGGGGUUACUUCCCUUGAGGAGUCCUUGACGUCGAAGGAGAAACAUCUCCUCAUCAACCGCAACAAGACCCGGGAGCGGCAUACCUGGCACGAUGAGGAAGAGAGAAGUAUCAAAGUGGAGAACCGGGGAUCACGACUCUCAUCCGAGUAA